AUGGAGAAGGUUGUGACAAGGGUGCUUGUUUUUCAACUCCUAAACAUCCUUUUGUUGUUUGUGAUCACCUGCUUGUCCGAAGACACGAUGCCCGCUAGUUUUGUUUUUGGAGAUUCAAUAGUUGACGUCGGAAACAAUAACUAUAUUGUGUCUCUCGCAAAGGCUAAUUAUCCACCACACGGAGUUGAUCUUGGUAGAGCAACCGGAAGAUUCACGAAUGGAAAAACAAUUGCUGACAUUGUAGGUGAGGAACUCGGAUUCAUCGAAUUUACGCCGCCUUUCUUGGCACCAAACACAACCAGUCAGAUAGUGUUGAAGGGGGUCAACUAUGCCUCAGCUGCAGUAGGGAUUUUGAAUGAGACAGGAAUGAACUUUGUUGGUAGGAUUAGCUUUGAUGCCCGGAUUGAAAAUUUUGCGAAAACUAGGCAAUACAUAAUGAACACACUUGGUGAAUCAAGGGCAAUGACGUUGCUUUCUAAAGCUCUUUUAUCAGUAACAAUAGGCUCAAAUGACUUCAUCAAUAACUAUCUAAUACCAGUUGCCACAAACAUCGCGCAGACAACUACAUCUCCAACGAAUUUUGUCGCAGCUAUGAUUUCUAGAUACCGAAUUCAACUCAUGAGACUAUACAAUAUGGGUGCUAGAAAAAUUAUUGUAGUCAACGUCGCGCCGGUCGGAUGCAUACCAUCUCAAAGGGAGUUGUAUAAUCUGUCUACUGCGGAUGGUUGCGCUGCUUUUCCGAAUCAACUUGCUCAGAUGUUCAAUAACCAAUUACGGAUUCUUGUUUCAAACCUUUCAACUAGCUUCGAAGAAUCAGAUUUUGUUUAUGCAGAUGCUUACCGCAUUGUGUAUGAUCUUAUUCAAAACUAUAGUGCCUGCGGAUUUGACAAUGCCGAUUCAUCUUGUUGCCACCUUGCUGGAAGAUUUGGGGACUUAGUUCCAUGUACCCCAGCAUCAGAAGUUUGUGAAGACAGAUCAAAAUAUGUGUUUUGGGAUACAUACCAUCCAACUGAAGCGGCUAAUCUCUUCAUUGCUAAACGUUUGCUUGAUGGUGACUCCAUGGACAUUUGGCCGAAGAAUAUCAGACAUUUGAUUUCAUCUUCUUCUUAG